AUGCAAGAGGCUGAGGCAGGAUUGUCAUGAAUUUGAGACCAGGGAUGGGAGAAGGUUGAAAGUCUACCUAGCCCCAAAUGGCCAUUAUGAAUAUGUAAAAACAGUGGCUGUGAUCACUGCUGCCCAGUGUUCAAGGCCACUCCGACUCCUCUUUUCCUGGUCCUCCCACCACACUCCUGAUGCCCUCAUUUCCUUGUAUGUCUUUUGAGAGAUGAGUCUGUGAACCUCACCAGAGCAGCCAUGGGGUCCAGUUCCCAUGGUCCCUGACUGCACCUACCACAGCCCACAGCGUCAGGAGACAGUGCAGUCUGCCUUGACUCUGACAUUGGGUUCCCAAUCUCAGGGAGCAUUCUACCCGCUGGGCGAGGGGAACUGGAGCCUCCUCAACAGGGCAGUGGAGCCCCAGCUGCAGGAGGAGGAGCGGAUGGUGUAUGUGGGCUUCUCUGAGUUCUUCUUUGACUCUGCCAUGGAGAGCUAUUUCCGGGCCGGGGCCCUGCAGCUGACGCUGGUGGGGGACAAGUUACCCUGUUCAGGUGCCACAGGAUCUGGACAUGCUGUUGAGGGCCACCUACUUUGGGAGCAUCAUUCUCCUGGUGAGUAUUGGCUAGAGGUGGGGUUGUGGCCAGGGCUGGGGGUCACCCCACCUACACAACAGUGAGGCAAUAGGUGGCGGUCUCUUGUGGCCAUCGAGGAGACAGAAGGCUGGCCUCUUGUCUAUGCCAAGUUUCUUUACCUUGCCAAGGCUAUUUCCCACUCUGUGAAGGAGGAUUGCCUCUUCCUGCCCUGUCUCCUUCACAGAGCAGCCAUGAGGUUGGGAGAGAUUCCAAGCCUUCCAAGUAUAGGGGCCUUUGGAAUGAUUAGUAUACUUUUACUUAUCUUUAUUUAAUGGGAGAGGAAAGAAGGAAUAAAGCAUUUAAAAACAGGAGACGAGGGACAUAGCUUAGUUGGUAGAGUACUUGCUUACUACAUAUGGAGCCCUGGGUUUCAUUCCCAGGACUGUGGGAAUGUGACUCAGACCAAUAAUCCAACACUUGGUUGGGAGAAUCAGGAGAAUCAAGAAUUCAUGGACAUCCUCAGCUACAUAGACAAUUUGAGGCCAGCCUGGGAUUUUAGUUGGUGUUUUUGAG